AUGACGAACACCAAUAGACCGGAAAUAAACACGAAUGAACCCCGCGAGUCAUCGACAAUUAAACUGUCCCCGCUAAACAUACCAGUUUUUAACGGAAUGUACGCGGACUGGACACCGUUUUACGAUAUGUUCAUGGCGUUUGUUCAUACAAAUGAUAAAAUAACGCCGAUACAACAAUUUUUUCAUUUGCGUGCAUCUUUAAGUGACGAACCUGCGAGUUGCAUUAAAAAUCUUGAAACAACGGCAAACAACUACGAGUACGCUUGGAAAACGUUAAUAUCGAGAUAUAGAAACAAAAAAUUAUUAAUUCAAUCACACGUUAAAGGUAUAUGUGAGUUAAGUGACGUAAAAGAAAAUUCGUCAAGUAGUUUAAGACAAUUUUCUGACGCAUUACGGGGUCAUAUGUCCGCGCUAGAGGCGUUGAAACAACAGCCAAGUAGCUGGGGCCCACUGUUGACGCAUAUUAUUUGCACUAAGUUGGACGCGAUAUCUCUUAAAGUGAAUGGGAGAUGA